AUGUCAAAUAAUAAUAAAAAUAAAUUAGUUACAGUUGUAGAUUCAACAAGUGAAGUUGGAGAUUUUGUUACAAGAGCAUUAUUAAAGGAAGGAUAUAAAGUACGUGCAUUAACCAGAAAUAUAGAAUCCAAUGCAGCCAAAGCAUUAAAGAACUUGGAUGCCGAAGUUGUCAAAUGUAGUGAUACCGAUUCACCAGCAAACAUUCAAGCAGCAUUAAUCGAUACAGAAGUUAUAUUUUAUCCAACCAAUUUUUGGAGUUCAUUUGAAAAGGAAGUAGAGUAUGGCAUAAAGUUUGUGGAUGCCGCUCUUUCAGUUAAAACCGUUAAACAUUAUGUAUUCCAUGGUUUAAUUUCAUGUAAAACAGUAUCAAACGAUAAAUAUUCCGUACCACAUUUCGAUCUUAAAUAUAGAGUAGAGCAACAUUUACGUAAAGUGUCCAAAGAGAACCCAACAUUCAUUAGUUCUUUCAUAUAUUCACCUUUUUAUAUGCAAAAUUUCUCUUCAAUUUUCACACCAAAAAGAUCAACCACCACCAAUGGUACCUACACAAUCAGUAUGCCACUCGAAGAAUCUAAACCAUUGGAUAUGGUUGACAUUAAAGAUAUUGGUCCAAUCGUUGCUGGUAUCGUUGCUAAUCCUUCCAAAUACUCUGGUGUCAUCGUACCUUUAGCUGGUGAGAAAUUAACUGGUGAUCAAAUUUGUCAAGUUUUCACCAAAGUCACUGGUAAACAAGUUAAAUAUAACUAUAUCCCACCUGCCACCUUUAGAACCUUUGCUUUCCCUUAUGCCAAUGAAAUCGCUUCAAUGUUUCAAUUCUUUUCUGAAUUUGGUGCUUUCAAUGAUUUAGAUACAACCUUAGCUUCUUCAAUUCAUAAAUUAACUUCUUUAGAAGAUUAUUUAAUUUCAACUAAAUUUAGAUUUGAAUAA